GAAGUAGCACAUAUUAAGCAGCAUCUUGCAUGCCUACAGGAAUCACAGGUGGCAAAUAGUAAGAAAAAGCAGCUUGGUUUUCUGAGGCAUCAGCUCCCAUACCAGUUGUGCAGGGCUUCUGUGUGAGCUGUAGCCAGGUUUGAGUCAGGGUGCUUCUGGGGGCUGCGGGCGUCCUUGUGUGCCUGCAAAUGUGGGUGCUGCUACAUCACACAGCAACAAAUGCAACAGGGUAUUUUGUGUCUGUCUGGAAUGGUACUGGCAUCGGAGUCCAGACUCUCUUACCUUGUGUACAAGAUGCAAGUGCAGCACAUCUUUAGGAUAACUUUUCAGGAAAAGGAAACUUUGGUCUUAUUUUUUAGAUUAAAGAAAAAGUCCCAGUCGGUGGAUAUUAGUGGGCCAGGAUGCAACCCAGUGGCAGCUGAAGCUCAGACGCCUCAGCCUGGUAAAUCUUUGCUUGCCACUAAGACAGCUUCUUCUGAGGAGGAACAGAACAACACCACAAACACCCAGAGGCGCAAUCCACGGAGGAGUGACUUGAAGAGAUAUUACACCAUUGACACUGGCCAGAAGAAGACCCCAGACAAGAAAGAUGGGCGACGAAUGUCUUUUCAAAAGCCUAAGGGGACUAUUGAAUAUUCUGUGGAAUCAAGAGAUACUUUAAACAGUAUUGCCUUGAAAUUUGAUACAACACCCAAUGAACUGGUUCAGUUAAAUAAGCUUUUCUCCAGAGCAGUCGUUCCUGGACAGAUUUUGUAUGUUCCUGACCCAGACUACAUUUCUAGUGUGGACAGCUCCCCCUCUCUAAGUCCUAUAAGUCCCUUAUCACCUACAUCUUCCGAAGCAGAGCUUGACAAGGCUACAGUAAAUGAUCCAGAUGGAGUCCAACGGAAAGAGUCUGUUGCCUCACCAGCACAUGCAAGUGUUCGUCCUGCAAGGGUGGUGUCAUCUACCUCUGAAGAGGAGGAAGCAUUUACAGAGAAAUUUCUAAAAAUUAAUUGCAAGUACAUCACUAAUGGCAAGGGUACAGUCAAUGGUGUGCUGCUAGUGACGCCAAAUAAUAUAAUGUUUGAUCCUCAUAAAAUGGAUCCUCUGGUCCAAGAAAACGGCUGUGAAGAGUAUGGCAUCAUGUGCCCAAUGGAAGAAGUGAUGUCAGCUGCUCUGUAUAAGGAAAUUGUGGACAGCAAAAUUAAGGAUUCAUUAAGCAUAGAUGUAGAACAGUUGUCUGUAAGGGAACUUUGCCAUUCCAAGAAAGCUUCAAAGAGCAAUACAGAUGAAGUGGAUUCCAGGAUUCGGGAUACAGGCAAUGACAGUGCCAGUACUGCCCCACGGAGCACAGAGGAGUCUCUUUCGGAAGAUGUCUUCACAGAAUCGGAACUCUCUCCAAUACGCGAAGAACUUGUUUCCUCAGAUGAGCUUCGACAAGACAAAUCUUCUGGAGCAUCACUAGAAUCUGUCCAAACAAUAAACCAGACUAGUGCUGAAUGUUUAACAAUCAUUUCGGACUCAAAUGAAGCUGCCAGUGACUUAAAACUCAGUGCUGAAGGGAUUGUAAACGUUAAACAGUUUGGUACCCACAGCUUAGGUUUGGGACAUGCUGAAAUGUCUAUAAAGGAGGGACAAGAACCUAAUGAAAAUGUUGCAGAUGUCCCCCAGCAGUCUUUGCAAGGAUCACAUGGUAGUGAAGGGCAUGAGAAAGAGGGAGAAGUGGGCAACAAUCAAGAUUCCUUGCUAGGAAAAGAAACAGAAGGUGAGAGUAAGGCGGGAGAGCGAUGUCCACGUUGUGAAGAUACCACAGAGUCUCAAAAGGAAGUGGCAACUAGCAAAGGAGAAGCAGUGAGAGAGCGAACUGAAGACUCGGAGACAGAAGUUGAGGAGCUCCGCAAACUCUGGAAGAGCCACACUAUACAACAAACCAAACAACAAAGAGAAAACAUGCAACAGGAUUCACAAAAAGAAAUUAAUUGGAAAAAUUUGACUGCAGGAGAUGGACAAUUAGAAGGUUCUUCGCUUAUGAAAGAAAAAAGACGACAUCGAUCUCACAAGUUUCUGCGUCUCAGAGUUGGAAAACCCAUGAGAAAAACAUUUGUUUCACAAGCAAGUGCAUCAAUGCAACAGUAUGCACAGAGGGAUAAAAAACAUGAGUACUGGUUUGCUGUUCCACAAGAAAGGACAGAUCACUUGUAUGUCUUCUUUAUCCAGUGGAGUCCAGAGAUUUAUGCAGAAAAUACUGGGGAAUCUCUACGGGAACCUGGAUUUAUAGUGGUAAAACAGAAGGAAGAGUCUGAAACUACUGAAGAAUCUUCUACUGAAGAUGCUGCUAUAGAGUGGGAGGUAGUGUCAGUGGCUGAGUAUCACCGCAGGAUCGAUGCUCUAAAUAGCGAAGAACUGCGCACACUCUGCAGACGUCUCCAGAUAACAACAAGAGAAGAUACCAAUUCAAAACAGGCAACAAAUAUCAAAACAGACCUGGAGCCUGAAGCAUUCCGGCCAAAUCUUAGCGAUCCCAGUGAAUUACUGCAACCAGAACAAAUUGAAAAGCUCACAAAGUCUCUUCCACCACGGACCAUUGGAUAUCCAUGGACUCUUGUCUACAGUACUGCAAAGCAUGGCAUGAGCUUGAAGACUUUGUAUCGAACUAUGAUGGGAUUAGAUACACCUGUGCUGUUGGUCAUCAAGGACAGUGAUGGGCAGGUUUUUGGUGCACUAGCAUCUGAACCAUUUAAAGUGAGUGAUGGCUUUUAUGGCACUGGAGAGACCUUUCUGUUCACUUUUUCUCCAGAUUUUGAGGUUUUCAAAUGGACAGGAGACAACAUGUUCUUCAUUAAAGGAGACAUGGACUCCCUUGCUUUUGGUGGAGGAGGAGGGGAGUUUGCUCUUUGGCUCGAUGGUGAUCUCUACCAUGGAAGAAGUCAUUCAUGUAAAACGUUUGGGAAUCAUACACUUUCAAAGCGAGAAGACUUCAUUAUUCAAGACAUAGAAAUCUGGGGUUUUGAAUGAGUCUUUAUCUAUUUUUACAGGGUAUUGUCCCAAACCUGACAUGAAUCAGUGCAGCCUAAAAAUCCCUAGGAGCAAUAUAAUGCACCGUUCUACAUUUUUUUAUUUUUUAAAGUUUUCAGCAGACUUUUGUUAAUGCUUUCACUUCUGUAAUAAACUGUCCUAGUUUUUCUAAGCUGUAGACACUUUUACAAAUGUGGACUAAAAAUAAACAUUUGUUGCUUUGAGCCUUGCAGCCUACAAAAUUUUCUAAUCCUUAUUGCUGUUGUCACCCAGGUUUCCCACACCUGCCUUUCUGCAAUCCUACUAGGGGGCUGCUUCACUGAAUAUAGUUUAUUAUUUUUGUAUUCAAAUUAUAUAUGAAUGGAGUUGCCCUCUGUGAACCUAUAUAAGAAAGCUGUGUGGGGGUAUUUGGCAGCAGUACAGCAGAGAUUGGUCUGGACCAAUGAUCGGAUAAUUAAUAUGGUGCCACAACAGACAAGAAGCCUAGCAUUCCUUCUUAACUGAUACCAGUAUGCAUAUGGUGAAGUUAGAAGAUAUCCAAAGUCAUCAGUGCCACUUGUCUUGUCUAUUGUUCAUGUUUAGAAAAAAGUCAAUUAAUACAUGAUCUAGCUGCAUGCUGAUUGUAUUAAAGAGUGUUUUGCACAUGCUGUUAAUGAUCUGCAGGUUUGGGACAAAUACUGACAAUAUUGAGCUACAUGGCGAGGAUUUAUAAAAUAGCAAGGGAAUGUACGAAUGUGAUAGUUCUACAAAAUUAAAAGGCUAAAGCAAGCCAAACUUGGUGAACAAUUUGUAGCUAUAGUAGGGCAUUAAAAGUGCAGAAACAGAUGCAUCUUUCUUCAGUAUAAAGUGUCAGAUAUAUACUGUUAUACUGUUGUAGCCGUGUAGCACAUCAACUCCAAGAAUAUAGCUUAAUCCUGUCCAAAGAAAAAAUAGUUGUGAUGUUUUUGAGUGGGUCUAUGUUGUAAAUUUACAGUUAGCACCAGCUCUGAUUAAACUGAGAUAAUGUACUAUAGGUAGACAAUAUUGUAAUUCAGUAGACUUGUGGAAUAUGCAAACUUACUGUCAUGUGACCUCAAAAAAUAAAAAUGACAGGCUAGAAUACAGUUCCAGUAGAUCUUGUCCACUUUUGUAGGAAAAUUGAUAAGCCAUUGUGGCAAUAACAGCUCAACAGAACUGUUUGUUUCAAAGCUUUUAUUCUAUGUUCUGCAAAAAAAGAAACAAAACAACAAUAACAAAAAAAACGAAACAAAAAAAGUGCUGUUAAGUGUGACAGUGACUGACUUUGUGCUGAAAUUUCAGCUAUUUCAGAUGAACAUUGUAUAUUAUCUUGUAAAUUAAUGUUUAAAGUAGUUUUGUUAUUAUAGAAAAGUGUUGAUUGACGGGUUGCUUAUAGCACUUUAAAUUAUUCUAGAAAUGGAAUAAAAGCCAAAUGGGUUGGCUUAAGUAGAUGUAGUUGUACAUUAUUUCAAAAUACUUACAUCUCUGGAAAGUUUUAAAAACUUACUUGAAGACAGCUUACUGCUAUGGUAAUGAGAAAGGGCGGGCGUUUCAUCUAUAAUAUGCUAAUGCUCAAUAUUAAUAGAAAUACAGGGCUUUGUUUCCUGUUUCUAUGUAUAGCUCUUUAUCCUUAUUAGAACUUAGUACAAUGUGUAGACUAAAUGUUUACAAAAUAAGGAACUGUAAAUAAAUUGAAAUGGCUUUUCUCCCUUUGGUCUUCCACAGCAGUAUUAUUGUCUUUGUGGAGUUAAGACUGAUUAUUACAACAACAAAAAAAAUCCUGUAAUGGAUUUUAAGUACUAUAAGGUCACAGUGAUGUAGAGCAAAUAAAACUAAAUAUAUGUAAAAAUAAACUUGAGUUGGAGUUUAUUUAGAAGUUGGAGUUUACUUAGAACCACAAAUGCAGAUUAUUGCUGUUCAUUUAGUAGCUUUACUGAAUGUAUAGGAUGCAUUUGUUCAUCCUUUUGGGGAUUUUUUUGUUUUUGAAAGCCCAGUGGGAAGUGGGAAAUAUGCUGUCUUCAGCUAUUUUCAAGGAAAAAAAAAUGCAUCUGGGAUUAUCCUUGCUGACAAAACCCAUUAAUUCAAGUGCUUCAGAGAAUAUUACAUAUAUAUGUUUCAAAGAAUUAUACUUCUAAGGAUUAUGGAAAAGCACAGAAAAUCUUCAGUAGCUGAAUGUGUAUUGGACCAGUCUUAGAAAGGCACAUGGGGAAAAAAGAAGAGGAAAUUGGGAACAGCAUAGUAAAUGGUACAACAGCAAUCACACUUGUGUAGGUACUAAAUUAGAUAGGGAACAGAAAGACAUUUGACUUAAAGUGUUUAGUGAUGUGACUAGCUGUGCAAGGGAUCUGCAGAGAGCAACAUAUGUCUGUUAAUGAAAGACCAUGAAUUCUGUUAACAAAAUGUAUACUUAACUUCUCUAUUACACACAAAAGAUUAUAUAGAUCAAAGCCACUGUCUUGAUGUACCUCCUGCCUUCAAUUCAAUAUGAGUUUUCUUCUGGGUAAUACCUUUCCAUCUUUCCUUGCAAGGUUUGCUUCUGUGAUUGUAGAGUUGAAAUUCAACAUACGCUAAAGGCUUUAUGAGCUACUUUUUUGAGAGUUCAGUGGCAGAAGAUUGUCUUACCAUGAAGUACGUGUAUUUAUUCAUUGACUAAUGAUGUUCUACUCGAAUACAUGGGAUUCUUGCCAGAUCAUCUUUUAUCUCUGAAUCCUAUUUAAGUUAACUACUUUUGUAUAAUCUACCAGAGAGCAUGGUUUCUCACAUAUGGCUUGUGCUUGUGUCCUCCUGCUCACCUAUGUAUGCUACGUAUGGGGGUUAGCAUGUCUACAUAAAAUUCAGUCUUUGAAAAGGAGUAAAAAUAUUUACUACUCAGUUUCCGAUUAAAAAAAUAAUCUUGAUUUGAAUACUCCCCAGUAUUCCUCAUUCAGGACUUGAACCUUAAAUCUCACUUUUAUUUUGUUUCUUUGUAAAUGAACGUGUCAUUACAGUGUUUUACUAUUGUCACAGGAACACAGUCCCUCCUUUAAGGGAACAAACCUUAACUCUUUCUCUACCUUAAGUAUACCUGCUACUGCACUAUGAAGUAGAAUUACACUGUGGUGAUACUGCAGUGGGACAGUCAGUAAGACCACUUUGGUCUGUACAAGCACAGCAACAAGUGUGCACCAUUCACUCAGCUGGACUCGGUCUCUCUGCUCCAGCACCACUGUCAGGUCAGUUCAAGCUCUGCUGUACUUUGUGUUCCUCGUUGAGUUUCUGUUGUAAUAGUUAUGCUGCUAGCAGUACACAGGCUGUUGAAUGCUAAACCACUUUGUGUGUGCCCUGUGGCGGCAGGAAUGACUUCAGUUGAGAUGUACGGAGCAGCUGAAGUAUCUGUGGCAACAGGACUUGCCUGUAUUUAUCCUGUGAUCAGUGAUGACUGAACAUCUUAUCACAAAUAUUAUUCUUUUGACUACAGCUACUUUUUCUGUCGCCUUCCCUUAUUUUAAAAAUGACCUGUAAUACCAAACUCUGGCAGUACAGGAAUUCCUGCCAUGGAGGAGGGAGCUGAUUUCCAGUGGGUGGGAUACAUGUGCAAUGAAAUAUCCACUCUCUUCAAGCCACUGCAGCAACUAUUUUAAGACUUGACAAAAAUACAAAGGUGUGAAAGUCAUUUAUUAAAAUUUAUUAAAUUUGUGAGAGGUCACACUGGUUCACAGGAAAGUAACAGUUACCAUGUAGUAGGAGGGUUAGAGUGCCUAAUUUAUGGAGUACUUUUGUUCAGGUUUUUUAUGAAUUCAUACUUACUUUUUCCACCUGCUUUGCUAGAAUAAACCUUUAUGCAUUUAUG